AUGGCCAGCGAAAGCAAGCUCUUCCAGCCCCUGCGUGUCGGCAGUUUCGAGGUCCAAAACCGCAUUGUCCUCGCUCCUCUGACCCGCUUCCGCGCCGAUGCCUCUCACGUUCCCCUCCCUUUCGUCUCCGACUACUACUCGCAGCGCGGUUCCUCUCCCAGCACUCUGCUGAUCAGCGAAGGCACCUUCAUCUCGCCGCAGGCCGGCAGCUACGCCCAUGCCCCUGGCAUCUACAGCCCGGCGCAGAUUGCUCAGUGGAAGAAGAUCACCGACGACGUCCAUUCCAAGGGCUCGUUUAUCUUCUGUCAGUUGUGGGGUCUGGGCAGAACGACGGACCCCGCUGUCCUGAAGGAGGAGCUGGGGGACAAGGCGAGGGUCCUGAGCGCGAGCAAUAUCCCCUUCGAGGGCGGUGCUACGCCGACUGCCAUGACCGAGGAGGAGAUCUGGGAGUUCAUUGGAUACUACAAGCAGGCGGCGAAGAACGCCAUCGAGGCUGGCUUCGAUGGAGUUGAGAUCCACAGCGCCAAUGGCUACUUGAUCGACCAGUUCCUGCAGGAUGUUAGCAACCAGAGGACCGAUGCCUGGGGAGGCAGCGUCGAGAAGAGAGCGAGAUUCGGUCUGGAGAUUGCCAAGGCCAUCGUCGAGGCGAUCGGUGCCGAUAAGGUGGGCAUCCGCGUGAGUCCAUUCUCCGACUUCCAGGGAAUGAAGAUGAAGGACCCCGUGCCCCAAUUCAGCUACUAUGCGGAAGAACUGAAGAAGCUGAAACUGGCAUACUUCCACGUCGUUGAAGCGAGAGUCAGCGCAAACGCCGACGUCGAAGGUCCUGUAACCGAGAGUAUCGACUUCCUGAUCGAUAUCUGGGGAAAGACGAGCCCGGUCAUCGUUGCUGGUGGCUUCGUCACGGAGACAGCUUACAAGGCAGUGGAUGAGAAAUACAAAGACAAGGACAUCUUGAUCGCCUUUGGGAGAUACUUCAUCGCGAACCCAGAUCUGGUGUUCCGGAUUAAGAACCGCAUCCCAUUCACGCCGUAUAACCGGGACCUCUUCUACAACAAGACUGAGGAGAAGGGAUACACGACCUGGGAGUUCAGCAAGGAGUGGGAGGCGCAGGCAAAGUUGUAG